AUUUCUCUCACUCUUUUAAGUCUCCCAACUUCUUCCAUUCAUCCUCUUCUCUCCUCCAUCGAUAAUGGAGUCGCAUCCUCACCACCAAACCGACCACCAGACUAAACAGAUCAUCCUCGUACACGGUCCCAUAAUCAUCGGAGCCGGUCCUUCCGGUCUUGCCACGUCAGCGUGUCUCUCGAGUCGUGGAGUCCCUUCUUCGAUUCUAGAACGUUCCGAUUCCAUAGCCUCUUUAUGGAAAUCCAAAACCUACGACCGACUCAAACUCCAUCUCCCAAAACACUUUUGCAGAUUACCUCUCUUAGACUUCCCUGAUAAUUUCCCUAAAUACCCUUCUAAAAACGAGUUCCUGGACUACCUUGAGUCCUACGCUUCACAUUUUCGCAUCGUCCCGAGGUUCAACGAGAAUGUCCGACACGCGGCUUUCGAUUCCUCCUCCGGGUUAUGGAGAGUAAAGACUCUAAAUAAAACGGAGUAUCUCUCGAAAUGGCUUAUAGUGGCGACCGGUGAGAACGCAGAUGCUUACGUCCCGGAGAUUCCUGGGAUAGUGAAGUUUUCCGGCGGGAAAAUCGUACACGCGAGUGAAUAUAAAAGCGGUGAAGAGUUCCGGCAACAGAAGGUUUUAGUCGUCGGAUGUGGAAAUUCCGGCAUGGAAAUUAGCUUGGAUCUUGUUCGACAUAAUGCCUCUCCUCAUCUAGUUGUCCGAAAUACCGUUCAUGUGUUGCCAAGGGAGAUACUUGGGCUAUCAACAUUUGGAGUUGGGAUGACACUUCUCAAAUGUUUACCGUUGAGGCUUGUUGACAAGUUCUUGUUACUGAUGGCUAAUCUUUCGUUUGGAAAUACCGACCGGUUAGGUCUACGCCGACCCAAAACCGGCCCGCUUGAGCUAAAGAAUGUCACCGGAAAAAGUCCGGUUCUUGACGUCGGAGCUAUGUCGCUCAUCAGAUCUGGCAAGAUUCAGAUAAUGGAAGGUGUAAAGGAAAUCACAGAAAAGGGAGCAAAGUUUAUGGAUGGUCAAGAAAAGGACUUCGACUCUAUCAUAUUUGCCACUGGUUACAAAAGCAACGUGCCUUCUUGGCUUCAGGGAAGUGAUUUUUUCACCAAGGAAGGGAUGCCGAGAACGCCGUUUCCUAACGGCUGGAGAGGAGGGAAAGGAUUGUACACGGUUGGGUUUACGAGGAGAGGACUCCUUGGAACGGCGUCUGACGCCGUUAAGAUCGCUGGCGAAAUAGCUGAGCAGUGGAGAGACGAAAUCAAGGGGCCCACCAAGAAUAUGUGCAGUUCUCUUUUUGUCCUCAUCUCUAAAUCCUAAUUUGUAUUUUUUUUACAAACGAAAACUAUUAAUUUUGCAUGCUGUAAAUUGAAGAAAUAAAGUUGUAUAGAUGAUUAGAUGUGGUUUGCCAGGUUAGUUAAUAAGGUCUG